AUGUCGCUCUACACGGAGACAGAAUCCACAUUCUAUGUGCUGAUCUACUACCACCAUGAUGGAGACGAUGCGAGUCUUCAUGGGUGGUGGUUCGGGCCUGACACCAUGGAGUUUGGAACAGAGCACAAUUGGGCUUUCAACCCUGAGGAGUCCGGCACGCCACCGCUCUCUGGCUGGCAUGUCCCUUGGAACGGGCCUGUGGACCCAGCGUUCAAGGUUACAGAGGUGGAGGAAGUCCCGAUGGACAUUGUCAGAAUGAACCGCAGCUUCCCUCCCCCUCCUCCCCUCGAGGUGCCCCUGUGCUGCCAGGAUCCGGUCCACGUCCCCACCGAUGGAGCACCGCUGCCACCCGAGCGCACGCUGCCCAUCACUGCCGCGGCCUCAGCUCUGCGGAACGAUCUCAGCGCCGAGCAGGCACGCGAGGUCAUCAAGGACCAGGCCCAGAUGAUAUCCGCCGCGGUGAAGCAGCUGUCCAGUGGCAAGAACCUGGCAGACCUGGUCUUCGGCAUCGACACAAAGAUGAUUCCCCGUGAGCCGCCAAGCGACGAGUUCAUUGCGAAGUUGGCAGAGGAGCGCAAGUGCCCGGCUGUUUUGCCACGUAACUUCUCACGGGAGUGGGCAGGAUCCGGAGAUGGCGAAGAAGGCGCUCAGCAAACUUGUGGCCUGAAGGGGAAUUCGAAGUCUCAUGGUCAGUUCUCCAACCAUGCUGUCAUGCCGUUGCCAUUUCUGAGCAUCACGAAACAACCCAAGGUAACGGUGCUGGAGGAGGCCGUCCGGCGGUUGGAGUCCGGAGAGGCCUUCGCUGAUGAGAUGUUCGGCCGCCACAUGUCCGACAAGUGGUCCGAUGAGGCCGAGACGAAUUUCACUCAGGGCUCUGCUGAGGCACAGCCAGAAGCAGCAGCGGAGCCGCCGGCAGAUGCGCCAGCAGCCGCACCGGCGGAUGCCGCAGCUGUCACAGGGAAGAAUGAGUCUCAGCCAGCGGUGGGAGCCGUCGACAAGGCCGAGGGCUGGGAAAUGGGAUUCGAGAUUCCUUUGUCAGAGUUGGGGGAGGGAGGUGUUUGGAGCUUUACCUUCAUUUGCUCUCCGUGCGGCCUUCCCUUGUCUGGGGCACGCGCUGUUGCGAAUGAGGUAGCUACCGCUGCUAACACUGCUGCUGAGAAGGCUCGGCGCUGGAAGGAUGCAGAAAUCGCGGAAGACCGAGCCAAAAAGGAAGCAGAGCAGGCAAAGAAGGAUGUAGAAAAGAUGACGGUCCAGGCUGCGAAGGAAGAGGCUGAGAAGGCCAUAGAGCAAGCGGCUGACGAGGAAGCCCGGGAAGCAAAGGAGGAAGCGAGCAAGGAGGCAGAGACAGCCCAAGGGGAAGCCAAAGCAAAAGCUACCAAGGUAGCAGCAGCCAAGAAGAAGCUCGAGGAGCUCAAGGGCCAGGUUCCAAAAGAAGCCAAGGAUGCGGCGGACAAGGCCCUGCACAACGCCGUGGAGCAUGCGCAAAUGAAGGAGGAGAAGGUGCAUGAGGCCAGGUUCGCCCUGGAGGACUUGGGCUCGGAAGCCCCGCCCGAGGUCAAGGAAGCGGCGGAAGAGGCCUUGUCCAAGGCGGAAGAGGAAGCGGAUGCCGCCAAGACGGAGGUUGAAGAGGCCCGGCACACCCUGGAUGCCAUGAAGACCACCGUCACCCCGGAGCAGCGCGACGCCGCCGAGAAGGAGCUGGCCCAAGCAGAGGAAGAGGCUAAACAAGCAGACGACAAGGCCAAGGAUGCAGCCAAGAAGGCUGGGGACAUCAAGCUGACCAGCCACGAUCCGGCAGCCGACAACGUCCUGUACACUGACAGUAAAGUGAAGGAGGACAAAGGCGGAGCCGUCGUGAUGGGCUCUGAACCCCAAACCGACACGGAGAAAGACCUCCAGGAGCAGCUCUCUGCCCUCCAGUCCAAGCUGACCGGCCUCGAGCGCCUCCAAAUCAAGGACAAGCUUGACGACGAGCUGAAAGAGAAGGCUUCGCUGCGCCAAGCUGACGUGGAGCCUCGCUCGGCAGCCAUUCCCUAG